GGUGUUUGAAUUGGAAUGGAGAAGGAGAGAUUGUACUGUUAUUUUUUGGGUUGCUCUCUUGAUUCUUGAAGGCAAGAGAGGAAGAAAUGGAUAUUUGGUUAAUCGCAGCGACUGCUGCUACGGGAUAUAUAGCUAAGCAAUUGCAGAAUGUAACUAAAGGUAAAGAUAUCGUUCUUGAAUCUUCUUCUGAAGAUGUGAAGCCAGAAUCUCCUCCUGGGUGCUUGCUUAGCAGAUUGGUAAGAGUCAACAAGGCUAAUGAAAACAAGUUUGGGGAUGAGAAAAUUAUAUCAGAUGGGGAUAAUCCGGAUGCAUCUACGAGUGGGGAAAAUUCGGGAUAUUACGAAGCUAAUCAUUCAGAUUCUUUGUUCGGUUUGAUGCCCGACUUCCCGGAGAUGGAACAGGGGACUUGGAAAACCAGUGCUACUCUUGCAGGUGACACAGAGUUGAAUUCUUUAUUUAGGCAGAGAACAUUCGUUAGGAGAAACCAGCUGUACAGACAAUUAACCAAACCUUUGAGUUCGAUGGAUAGCUGCUUAAUGUCUCGAUUUCAUAGAGAACAAAUGACCAUGGAAGAUUACAUGACUAGCCCAUUUCCAUCACCACACGUUUCAGUUUCAAGGCCAUUACUUGUGACUGAUGGUAAUCGAGUAAUUAGCAAGAGCGCUGCAGAUUCUUUGUGGCUGAGCCAACAAAUUAUUCUCAAUGAAGAUAACGCUACACAAAGUUGCGGAAUCCCCCGGUUGGAGUCUUCGGUUGAGAGAAGAGUGGGAAAUGAGAAGAGCAAGAGUAGAAAACAUGGACAAGGUGAUGCAACAAUGUUGCUACAAAUCGGGAUCUCGAUUGGCAUCAUGUCCUCGUUCAUGGCAAGCCAAGCCGAAGUGAGCAAAGUCAAACAAGAGCUGAAGCAAACAGAGAACUUGGUGCAUGACUUAGAAGAUGAGCUUGAGAUGAAAGACUCGUUGAUAGUGAAGGAGAUAGAUAUUGAAAAGGCAGCUGACAAUUCAGAAUCUAUAAGUAAUAUUGAAGCAGAGCUUGAAGCUGAACUUGAAAGGCUAGAAAUUAACAUGAACUCCUCCAACAUUGAGACAAGACCCUCUGAUAUGAUAGAGAUGGAGCCGGAUUGUGAGGUAGAAUUUGCACAGGGUGAACUGAGAGCUGAUCGGGUUAAAGGGAAGCGUUUAGAUGAAACUGAGUCCAACCAAGACCCAAGUGGUAACUCCACACCUGAGUCAGGAAACUAUGCUGUCUCACCUCGCGAAUUGAGCUUGCGGUUGCAUAAAGUUAUCAAUUCACGCCUUGAGAAACGGAUUGAAGAGCUCGAGACUGCACUCCAAGAGAGCCAAAGAAAGGUGGAGCAGCUGGUCAUGGAAUCAGAGAGCAAGAAGAGAUCAUGGUCAAAGUUAUGGGAAACUCGUGAAGUGAUGACAUAUAAGAGUGACUCGAAAAUCCCAGUUGCUAUUGAGCACACCAAGACUAAUCUUCCUGAGAUGCAACCGCUGGUUAUGAACUUAACUGGGGAAGCACUUGAUGCAUUCAAUGAGUCUUACGACGAAUUGAUGAAAAUAAACGAUGACUCGGAAGAUGAUGAUGAUGGUGAUUCACCGUUAGAGAUGCAAGAGAGCAGGAUUCACCAAGAAGAUUUCUCUUCAACAAACAAAAGCUCACCUUGGAGCCAUCAGAAGGACGAUUUCAAGGUGCAAGAGCAGGAACUGCUAGACCUUAUUGGUAUUGAAGACGAAGAAGAAGAAGAAAGCAGUGACUUUGAGAGUGAAAUAGAGAAGCAACUGAUAAAGCAGAUUGUUGAGAAAACAAAACAAGGGUCUCCUGUUGUGUUGAAUGCUCAGAAGAUGCUAUUUCUCAUGGAAGAAACUGAACAUAAUCUGUAACAUUAGGCAGCAUUAGAGUUUUGCGUGGAUGGAAUUCUUAAGGUCUGGUUAGUGUGUAGACCACAAGCAAAGUUGAAACAAAGCUCACUUCUUUUUGUUAAAACUCAACGUAUACCUUAAGAAACAAUAUCAAGCUAC